UUUUUUUUUAAUUUUUUAUCUUUUUUAGCUUCUUUGUUUUAUUAUUUCGGAAGAAAAAUAUUUUUUCUAUUAGAAGAAAAAAAGAAAGAGAAAUGUUUACAGCACCUUUAUUGGUGGUGCUUCCAUUCCUUUACUUGACCAAUUUGAUAGAAACUUCAUCUAGUCAACAACCCGAUUUUCAACAAAUGUUUGGAAGUUUACUUUCGGGGGUUCAAUCUGCUUUAAAAGAAAUACAAAAACCUAAAGGUAGUGGAGGGAAUGAUUCGGAUGAUGAAGACGAUGAGGGAGGAGAUGGAUUCGCUGGAAUUCAAAAAUUAAUGGAAUCAAUUGAUACGGAAAAAGUUGGACAAUUUAUCCAAAAUUUUGCUAAUCCGGCCAAAUUGAUGUCUUGGCUGCCAAUGAAAUUUCAAGAUUACAUACCGGAAGGUUGGCGUGAAAAAAUCAUAACAAUUAUAACCUCUGAAUUGGACAAACUAGCGGCUGUUUGGGAUGCGUUGGCAAAAUACAAAACUUUGGAGCAUGUUUGGAAAGCUUUGAAACGGAAUACCCCUACUUUGGCUUCUCUUUUGGAAGAUGCUUGGAAGAUUAUUAAGCAACGUUGGGCUAAGUUUAAUGGUGGAUUGGAGCCGGAAGCGAAGGAAUACAUGCACAAUGUUAAAUCUUCAUUUGGUCAUUGGCUUUCAGACAAGGUCCUUGUUCCAUUCAAAAAUCUUCCACCAAAAACAUCAACAAAUGUUCGCAAUUCAUUAACAAAAGCAUUCCCUGCAGUCGAACCAUAUUUGACAAAAUUGUCAGAAAGUGAAGUAUUUUCAAAAUGGGCUGCUGAUUUGGCUGGAGAAGAAGAAGAAGAAUUAAAAAAAGAAAAGAAGGAAAAAGAUGAAGAAAAGAAGGAUGGAGAAGGAAAGAAGAAGGAAGAAGUUAAAAGUGAAUUGUCCUCUUACCGAAAGUGUCUUUUGGCGUUUUGCCGUCUGGGCGUUUUGUCGUUUUCUCGAUUUUUUGGUAUUUUGAAAAAUUUACAAAAUGUAAUUUUUAACGUUUACUUUGAGUUUUGGACACGUUAUCAGUUUUAUAAAAGUAUUUUUUAUUUGUCUCAUUUUUUGUUAAAAUUUGUUUUAACGUUAUACCCUGACCACAAUAUGGUUAAAUAUAUGAGUCAAGCAAAAGUGAUCUUUCGUAAAUUGAAUAGUCCAAAUACUCCACAGAUUCAAUCUAUAACUAGUGGACAAUAUUUUUUUCAGUAUGUGAUUAAAUUUUUCUGGGGUGAUUUUGGAGUAGGAUAA